AUGUUUCAUAAAUACUUUUUAAAGUUUAAUUGUGUUGUCUAUGUCUCCUUUGGUACAAUAAACAUUGAAGGGAUGAAUCAGGAUAAUCUUAAAAUAAUGCUUAACAAUUUUACAAAUUACGAGCAUUGUUUUUUCAAAGUCAGAUUGGGUGCAGAUCAUUAUUUACAAGAACAUUAUCUUGUUACAAAUAUUUCUUUUGAAGGAUUUGUUGAUGAUCAACAAGAAAUAUUGGGUAAUUAUAUAAUUUUUAAUGCAGAUUUUAAUUUAUUUUAUGUUUCAGCUAAAGUAAAUACAAAAUUAUUCAUUUCCCAUUGUGGAAUAAAUAGCUUGACUGAGGUAACUUAA